ACAGUGCUCUCUGUCCCUCCUUAUAUCCUCUCCUCCCUUUAUCUUCCCCCUCCUCUGUCUGUACCCUUGUCCAGCUGGUCAUCAUGGCGGAGAGGAUCGGAUACAUCACCCGCGUGCAGAGCUUCAGCGCGUGCCACCGGCUCCACAGCGUUCACCUGACUGACGAGGAGAACCGGAGAGUGUACGGGAAAUGUAACAAUCCAAACGGACACGGACACAACUACAAAGUGGAGGUCACCGUCCGAGGAAAGAUCGACUCUCACACUGGGAUGGUCAUGAAUCUGACUGACCUGAAGAGGUGUAUUGAGGAAGUCAUCAUGGAUCCUCUGGAUCAUAAAAACCUAGAUAAAGACGUCCCCUACUUUGCUGAUGUGGUCAGUACGACAGAGAACGUGGCAGUUUACAUCUGGGACCAAAUGGUGAAGGUUCUCCCUCCAAACCUGCUCUACGAGAUCAAGAUUCAUGAGACGGACAAAAACAUCGUCGUGUAUCGAGGAGAAUAAACGCAGCAUGCAUGAGUGCUGGUAUUCAGACUGACCAUGGUGUUACACUCGCACUUUAAACUGUAGACCAAAGACUUUCACCUUUCUGUACUCUUGUUCAAUAAAACCGGAAGUGGACCAAACCAGCAGGAACAGAGCCACAGCGCCUCCUUAGACUCUGGGUUUUAAAGGUGCUUUAUUAUCAGAGCAGCUGAUUUUAUUCAGUAGAAUUUGAAACACAAACUUGAUCCUGUGGAGGACUGAAUAAAUGAUGAAUCUACUUUGAAAUA